AUGAAGGCCAUUGUGAUUGAACAAUUUGGGGGACCCGAGUCUCUUGUUAUUAAGGAUGUUCCCCAACCUGAACCCGCUAUGGGUUAUGUGGUGAUUCGCGUGAAAGCUUUUGGAGUCAACCAUGCUGAAAUGCAUAUGCGGAAAGGCGAGUGGGCGGAGUGGAUGCCCAUUAGCGGCAUUGAGUGCGUCGGUACAGUAGCAGCAUGCCCUAGUGGCGAGUUCGCGGAGGGAACUCUAGUGGCCAGUGUCAUGGGCGGCCUUGGACGUACUGUCAACGGUAGCUAUGCCGAGUUCACCAAGGCCAAGGUCUCCAAUGUCGUUGCACUUGGCCCCGCAGCUUUGAAGCUUCCUUGGGACCAACUUGGUGCCAUUCCAGAAUCCUAUGCCACGGCAUGGACUUGCCUAUUCCGAAAUCUUGAUCUCUCUAAAGGACAAAAGCUCCUGAUCCGUGGCGGGACGUCUGCUUUUGGUAGAGCUGCUAUCAAUCUCGCCGUCAACGCUGGGGUUCAUGUUGUUGCAACAACACGAAAUGAAAGCCGGGCCGUUCAGUUGACAGUACUUGGAGUGGAGAAAGUGGUGACAGAAGGACCGAACUUGUCUGAACGCCUUCCCGAAAAGUUUGACGCGAUUCUCGAGCUCGUGGGCAACAGCACCAUCCUUGACUCUCUGAAAAUGGUGCACCGUGGUGGAAGAGUUUGCCUAGCAGGCUUUCUGGGCGGCCUAGCUCCGAUUCCCGAUUUCAAUCCCCUCCUGCAGAUGGCAAGCGGUGUUCAUUUCAGUUUCUUUGGCAGUUUUGCUUUUGGAAUGCCCGAAUUUCCACUGUCAGAUGUGCCCCUCCAAGAAGUCGUCAAGAUGGUUGCAGAUGGAAAAUUGAACGCCAAGCCAUGGAAGGUUUUCAAGUUCGAGGAUAUUAGCGAAGCUCACCGUUUGAUGGAGAAAAGUGAGGCCCAGGGUAAAAUGGUUGUGCUUGUGGACUAG